CUGCAAGCGUAGGAGGUGAAAUACACCGCGCCGGUUCUUACGUGAAUUCACAAUGUUUUGAAGCGACGGCAAAACUAUUUCGUACAAGAAAACAGCAUAAAUUUAACAGUAAAAUGUUCCGAAGCAUAGCAACUACGGCACUUCGUCAAGCAAUACAAAGUCGUGCCAGUGUAUGUCGUCUUUCAGCAGCCUGUCCAGGGGUCGUUUCAUUGCCUGCUCGGAGUUUUACAAGCCUCCUUCGAAGCAACGAUGUUCCUGUACGCUUCUCCGUUGCCGGUAGCAACAUCAGCUUCAUUAAACCACUGGUUUCACCAUAUUUGCUUGACUGUAUGCAAACAAUCCCUACGCUUCAGAGCCAACCCAGCCGAACAGUGAUCAAGUUUUCCAUGCGAAAAGGCAAGAGAAAGACGGUGAAAGCAGUCGUUAAGCGGUUCAAGCGACUUGACUGGGGAGGCUGGAUCCGAACACUUUCCGGGCGCAACAAAAAGCUUUGGCGUAAACGCUCGAACCGCAAGCGCCGGCUACGGCAGCAUGUACUGGUUAAUGCCAACCAGGCCACCUUGCUCGAUAAGAUGGUGACGAAGUACUGGAAGCGCCCGAGGCAUUACAUUGAUGAUCCUUACGCACCGUAUCAUACCAGAGAAGAGUUUGUGCACACUAGAAGGAAACCACUGCGUUGAAGGACUAAUAACUGCAUAGUUGAGAAAUUAAAGCCAAUCCCAAGA